AUAAAAAUUCUGGAUCUAAGCCUAUAUGUAUGUAAACAUCGUUGCCGAUAAAGAAUGUGUUACAGUCGAUUAAAUUCUUAGCCAUGUUUAAUAUUUUUGCUGAAAAUUUUUGAACACUGUAAAAACACUGUGCAGGACACUUGGACGGCUGCAGGCAAACUGAGGGCAGACUGAGCCAAACUGCAUUUGUAUAUAAUUCUGGUGGGCUGCUUCUUGUGGGCUAUGGCGUUUUUCAAUAAUAAUAGUUUUCGCUAAGAAAUGUGUUUGAAUAUUGAUAUUUAAUCGACAUGUCGUCAGGAUGGCGCCGACUCAUAAUGUAUAUCCUUAAACCAUCACAGAUCCAUAUUCAAUUCAUCGAUAAUCACACAAUACCUUGCAAAAACUCUACCGUCGCCACCCCGACGUUUGGCGUCGGAUUGACAAUAAGAUACACCUUAUUUAAUAAACUAAAUGACUAUAUAGAAAUUCACACGUGUCGCCAAGAUGGCGCCGACUCAUAAUGUAUAUCCUUAAACCACCUCUCACAUUCCAGCAAAAUCCAUUAAUAUUGAAAAAUGCCCCCCCCCACCUAUUAUAGAGACUCCUGACUUAAAGAGUCGGUGUCUGUUUAGUCCGUCUACUGCCCUAAACUGGUGUAUACGUAGUUUUCGUUCGCUCCGUCUUUAUAAAUUUUAGUGUUUUUUAAAGUGUGUGUUUUUAUUUUCAAAAAUAAUUUUAAUCAUGGCUGGUUCAAUUGGAAACAUGGCUAAAGUGUACAAGAAGAAUUUCACAUAUGUACCACCAACACCGCCUGCAGAGCUCAUCGACUGUAAUAAUUUCACACUAGACUUCACCGGCCGUAAGUUUUUGAAUGUAGGACUUGAUCCUACGGACGAAUUCAACACCGUAGUACAAAUUAUCACACCAUCGCGGUAUAUUAAUAUGCCAGCCGACUUUCUAAGACGUAUAUUUUCCCUGAUGGGGAAUAUAUUGUCGUUUAUUUUGGAUCAACCGCAAAAAUAUAAGCGAAAUUUAUUUCUGGAAACCGAAAUUAUUUCGCUGUCUAGUAUGGUGUAUCAAGGGGAAAAUAUGCUUGUCAUCGAAUCAAAAACACAAGCUGGAUGUCGAGUAUUGCUAAAUCGUGCAGAUUUAAUGAAAUUACAAUACAUGGAGGAGAGUAUUUUCGAAACGUUCGCACGAAAGUCAGCCAUCAUACGUCCAGUUGUACUAAGGCAAUUUGAAAUUAUUGAAAAUUAUAUAGACCGGGAAUUUACCAAUGUGCAAUCGCCACCGAAAACAGUUGACGAAAUGAUAAUUUUUAUUAAAAACCUUCAGACCGAUCAAAUCAUCAAGAAUAUCGACUUAAAUUUUGUUAGUCAGCUGAAAAUGUGUGCAGAACGGAAAUUAGCUGAACAAUGGUCUCAACGAUGGAGCGGAGGAAUGUCACCAGAGUUAAUCGUUAACCACAUUUCGCCAUUGUCGCCGAUGACAUCGUCAUCGUAUUCGCCGUCCAUGUCCAAUCACAUAAUUUUGGCUCCGAACAAAUAUUCAUCACCGUCCCCUCAAUAUACCGAUGACACCGAUGCGCAGCCGCCGCCGACCAAACCAUGGGAUAUAACGCCGCGACAAUUAUUCUCACCGUCUUUUUUCGAUGGUGAAUGUUCGCAGAUCAAUCUUACGCAGGCAACAUAUCCAGCAAGCUCCACAGUUGACGAGAACGAUGGACCAAUUAAUGUGUAUAUCAAUCAGAAUGAUGCUCCUACCAGUCUGCCAUCAUUAUCAUCAUUACCGGUGCUCAUAGACAAUCAUUCUACAGGACACGAUUCGGACGAGCACCCCCUAUGGUAUAAUAACCGUAUAAAAUCUACGGGCCCUGCUGUUGACGAAAACGACGGUCCGUCGUCUUUCAACCACUCGCCAUCUAUUCUCGACUUCACAGGUGGCAAGCCCAUGAAAAAAUCAACUAAGCGGAGCGUAAAACGUAAACUGUGAAUAAUAUUUGUGAAAUAAUGUUGUGUAAAAUAAAAACAGGCAUGAUAUUUAAAAAAAAGUUUUUUUUAUUUAUUAGAAAAUAAGGUAUAAAAAUAAGGUAUUAAUAAUAAUAAUUACAAGGUCUAAAAUUAUAAGAGUUAUAAUAUACAAGGUUUACAAUUUUCUAACAUCUCCACUAAACGGAUUGUAAGUUAUAAUCUGAUCAUGUAGUAUUAAACAAUAAGCUGCAGUCUUUUCUGGAAUAACUGUGUCCGUUUCAAAAUCUAUUCGUAGGUCUACGGUCGAUGAUUUAACG